AUGUGGGAAAAGCUACUCUACGUAGUAGGCAUUCUGGCAUCCAUGGCAUACGGAACAGUAUUGCUUUUAAUGACUCUAAUUUUCGGCAACUUCGUGUCUGUAUUUACGGAUUUUGCUUUGGACCGAAUUCCCAGUGAUAACUUCCGGCGAAAAUUGUCGCUACGAACUAUUCAAAAAAAAUACUUCAAUAUCGUCCUCCAUCAACGAAUUGCUUACCAUGAAACCAAACUCACAUCGGGGGCUGUCUCUCUCGCUCUCUCCACUCACUCAAAUUCCACCCGUUCUGGUUUGGCUAAGAAAUUUGGUCUCUCACUAAAAAGCGCCUCUACUGUCGUGGCAACUUUCAUCGUGGCACUCCAUUCCCAGUGGAAGCUAGCUUUAGUCACGGCCACAAUAAUUCCAGCAGUCAUUGUAGCUGUUGGAGCUACUUGUGUUUUCGACGAGAAGAAAGAAGAGAGCCUUAAUACUAUUAAAGCGGAGGCCACAAAGCUUGCAGAUGAGGUAAUAAGUUCCAUCCGAACCGUCAGAGCGCGUGGAGCUGAAAAGGCUUUGGGUAAUAAGUACGACACGAUGAUAAAACGUGCCGUCGCGAUUGGACUCUCUAAAGCCCCCGUCAAAGGCGUUUAA